GGUGGAUAAGUAAUGUGUAGGCACCAGUCAAAUAUGUGCGUGCACAGAGCCUAACUAACAAGAUAUUCUGGAGAACAAAGAAGGACAAAAUGUAUCCUUAAAUCAGUUUUUAAGGUCAAAUUCGAGCGUGUGCUUAUUUAAGAGGAGAUCCUAGAAUCCCACUGAGGAAGGAAGAGAGAGGAGAUGAACACGGCAAGCAUCGCACCUCCUUUCCCUUCCCCCCAAGUAAAGGUUCUUUAUUGAAACUAAUUAUCCUAUGCUACGGAGGCAGCCCCUAAUGAACUAGCUCCAGUGAAAAAAAUCUUUGUACAUAGACAAUGUGUUAAAAGUGUGUGUGUGUGUGUGUGUGUGUGUGUGUGUGAGAGAGAGAGAGACAGAGAGAGAGAGAGACAGAGAGAGAGACAGAGAGAGAGAGAGACAGAGAGAGAGACAGAGACAGAGAGAGAAGUGGAUAGUAUGUGCCUUUAAAGUACGUGUUCUUGGGGAUGGUAACAUAAGAUACACGAUAUUGUGUGCAAGGUGUUUUGUUUGGGGUGCGGGUAUGUGUGUGAGUUCAAUCGAUCAGUAAACAUCUAAUAAUGCCUACAUUAUUUCAGAUACCACGCUAGGCUCUGGGGAUACAAAGACAUUAAAGAAAAACAAAAACUGCCCCCGUCCUCGGGGAAAGUACAUUUUAUCAGAAUGUGUAUUCUUUUGUGAGCUAUUGGUAAGGCUGGGUGAAACAUGUUAUAAGUUGUGUGAGAUAUGCGCUGUUGGGGACUUCCUGAGUGACUCUAGAAUAAUACUAGCAUUUCUACAGAGCUUUAAAUUUUGUAAAGCGCUUUGCUUAUCUCCUUUGGUCUACGAAGGGAUGUAUAUUUAUUCUGUUGUGUGUUGGGUUCACGUAAGGGUUGAGAUUGCGUGUGUGUGCUAACCUGUGCUAACUUCUCCAGGGGUAGGAGGCGAGCUCACACUCUGUGACUUCUAUAAUCCGGAUAAUUCUGUCCCGAUUUGGGACAAAGCAGAGCUCAACUCCCCAUCUUUCCAGCCCCAGACUUGCAUAGGAACUACAAUUCCCAGGUAGCUUCAGGCCGGUCUCGGGGUUGGGCCAUAGCUUUGAUCUCCAGGAGACCGGAAAGGGAAGGGACCUAUUGCGAACUCGGGAAAGUGCAACAGCACACCAAUCCUCGAGCACAGAGACUGUCGUGAAGGCGGAAAUAGAAAGUCAAGGAAGUACCCAAAUGAAUUUUGGCCAAUCGUUGUUCUCAAGGCCCUUGAUGGCUAGGAAAGACUGGGAUGGGGCGGGGGGUUACUCAAUGAGAGCCGACCGUGACCAAUGAAGGGGCAGAAGAGUUGUUGAGGGGCGGGUCCGGUGUUGACUAGCAGGUCCAUAGGCCUGUAGAUUUGAUUGGUCUGAGGCGGGCGCCAUGGCCACUUUGGUGAGCAUGGGACGUGGGGCCGAGAAGAGUGUACGAGCCAGAGGCCGUAGACCCGGGAGGCCCAGACGGUCUCCCAUACGCCCGCAGGAGCCCAUAGUGGUGGACCUGGUCAGCGACAGCGGCAGCGAGGAGGAGGUCGGCGCGAGCGGUGCCAGGGUCGGGCAAGGCCCGGCCUAUUCUAGAAAUGGAGAGGGCGCCGAAGGCUGCCCCCGGGCCCACGACGGUUAUAGCGAUAGCGACAGCGAAGAGGAAGGGACCAGAGCAGCAGAGCGGCUGCGACUCAGGCCCCCUGCCCCGCGGCGGCGGCGCCUUCUGCUGGGGGCUGGGGAGGCCCCCGCCGUCCCUGUAUAUUCGGGCAAGGUGAAGAGCAGUCUCCGCUUCUUCCCCAAGGAUUUUAGACAUCCACUAUUCAACGAAAACCCUAGCGAGGAAGGUGAGAUGGGGAAGCUGUCUGGGGAGGUGGAGGCCAUCUGGGCAGUUGUGGAUUUGGAUUCUGAUAGACCCCUUUCUGAGGCCAUCUAUUUGCCAGUUUCUUCCUCAGAAAAGAGGCCAAAGGCUAAUGAUGAAGAAGAGGAGAACCAGUUUUUGGUCCAGGACAGUUCUCCUUCCCCUUCUCCCCCUCCCAGACGCCGAGGGCCAUCCAGGAAAGCACCAACAGCCCUUGGGAAAAUAAGGGAAGUGAAUAAGCGUUUGCAGGGUCUCCGUUCUUACCUGAGUCCCCUGUCAAGCAAAGACCGAGUUUCUCAGAACUCUGAGGAUGAAGUGAUAUUGGUGGAGGAAGCCUAUGCUGUGGAGAGCUCCCGACCCUUAACUCUUAAAGUGAGGUGCCGAGCUGACCUUGUCAGAUUACCUCUUAGUACGGCUGAGCCCCUGCAGGUUGUUGUGGAUCACAUGGCAUCUCGACUAGGAGUGUCCCCUGCCCGAAUUCUUCUGCUGUUUGGAGAAGUGCAACUUUCCCCUAGUGCCACCCCCAGCUCACUAAAGAUUGGAGUGGCUGAUAUCAUUGAUUGUGUGGUCCUAUCCAGUACUCCUGAGCCUUCAAAAGAGUCAGGAUCAGGGGAGGAACUUCGCCUCAGGGUUCAGGGACAAGAGAAACACCAGGUCUUAGAGGUCACGAUUCCCCGGGGUGCUCCUCUUAGAACACUGAUGUCUCACUAUGCAGAGGCCAUGGGACUCAAAGGACAUAAGCUCUCUUUCUUUUUUGAUGGUGAGAAGCUUUCGGGCCAGGGGACCCCGGCAGAGUUAGGCAUGGAACAAGAAGACCUCAUUGAAGUUAGGGGUUGAAGUGCAGUGUCCUGCUCUCUACCUCUUCUCCUGCCCUCAGACAAUGAGAUGUGAAGCUGGGGCUCUUCAGGAGUGAAGGAGAAUAAGUGGCUGCCCUUGUAGCCUUCCUAUUCCAUCUUCUCUCCUUCCUUCAGUUGCCCUAAAGCUAGAUUAGAGAAAUAUAUUCCCUUUCCCCUUGCCAUCAUUUACCCCUCACCCUUCUUUCACAAGUAUCUUGGCAUGAAGCUGCUACUCUAGCAUUUGUUCUUGUUAGUUUCCAAGAGUGCAUCCUGGUCCCUUUCUGCAAUUCUAAGUAUAUAUUUGUGUGUGUGUGUGUGUUUAUUCACCCUGUAUAUAUGUAAAUGUGUCUUUUGACCUCUUUCUCCUUGUACUGAUUCUUUUGGAUCUUGGAGUGAUGAUUUUGCAGACCUCUUGUUUCCAAAUCUCUUUUCAUGAAACUAAUCAUUUUUGUAAUUAACAUUAAAAUAAAAAAAAUGAUGAAGUUUGGAUCCUGGGUUUGAACUUGAAUUCUUCCAGGAUCUUUGCCUCAUAGGUGGGAUGGUGGACAGAGAGGGUCAAAGAAUUAAGUGUAAUGAUAUUUAAAAGGAGGGGGAAGAGUAUUCAAGCUCCAGAAGGUCAAACUCUGGAUGGAUUUGGGUUGGAUUGCUGGACAGUCUUUUGAUAGGGGAGGGUCAUCCUGUUACUUGUGACACUUCUCCCAGCCUCUCCUAUUUCACCUCACCUCUUCAAUAUUAAGGAGGGCAUUAGCUGUGAUCUCAGGAGAGGAAUCGAUUAAAUAAGACAUGGUUUUUGCCCUCAUAAAGCUCAGAAUUUUUAGUGGGGGGUUACACAUGUAUGGUAAGAAUUUUGCUCCCCAGGGACUCUCUCUUCUAGCAUCCCAUUUACAUAUCUACCUUAACUAAAAACUUUUGUGUAGCUCUGCCCUUUCUCCUCACUGAAAUGUGGCUGUGGAGGUUGGGUGAGAGUCAGAUAGGAGAAUUUUACCCAUGUGUUCUUUAUUAGGCUUUCUAAUUUUGUUUCUUUUAUUUCUUCAACUUUAAGUGAUUAUUAAUAAAUCUUAUAAAAUAUA